AUAUUGGGUCGACCGCAUUCCUUCCUCCGUCCGCUCGGGUUUGGAACUCUGAUGGAAUUUUUCUCUCGGCAAUUGGCGCCCGAACCGACGAUCCGAAGCGGCGGAUAGAAGCAAAAGGCGCCGGGAGAGCAGCGACCGGCGGGCAAGAGCGACCGAACACUGUGCUGCGGUGUGUCGUCUCCGAAGCCUGAACCGACUGAAGUUCGCCAGUGCUGGGCUACAGGAAACAAGGGCUGCAAGAGGUCUCUUAAUUUAGCAAGAGUUGGCACCCCACAGAUGGGACUCUGCAGCAUAAACUGAAACAACGGGACCUGGCCAGGGACAGGUGAGUUCGAGUCUCUCCUGUUCUCCCGAUUUGUUUCUUUUCUUUAUAUUUUUAUUAGAGUUCAAGUCUCUAAAUAUAUUUACAAGGAUGGGGGCUGGACCCUCAGUUCCUAAAAAUACUCCUUUGGCUGAAAUGAUUUCAAAUUGGGGGAGAUUGUCAGGAACCGCAGGGUUGCACAUAAAAAGAUUAAUUGCCCUCUGCCAAGAUGAUUGGCCUUUUAUAAGCAGAGUGGCUGGGGCUUCCCUUGAUGAUCGGUGGCCGAUUUAUGGCUCAUUUGAAGAAACUAAAUUGCAGUCUCUCCGUAAAAUCCUGGAGGACCGCCAGCCCCAACAAAUGGACUAUUUGUAUUUGUGGUUUGACUAUGCUGAUAUACGAAAACGAAAACUACUCCAGAAGAGCAUGAAUAAACACCAACUACUUGCUUAUCUGGAUGAUGAAAUAAGUGACAAUUCUAAGCUCAAAACUGAUUCACCUGCAGGUAUUUUCCCUAUGACUUUAUCCUAUGUGGCUAAUCCCAGAGCUGGUCGUAGUAAUGCUGGCAUCCAGCCACCGCUUCUCAGGGUAACUACACAUUACCCCUGGAAACCAGGUGAUCUUUUACUCUGGCGUGAUAAAAUGCCGCGACUCCGUGAUGACGCGGAGCGAUGCUCUAAAAUAAUUCGAACUAUUGCCCGAGAUUACUCUCCCAGCUGGAACGAUAUGCAAACACUUUUGUCCGAAUUAUUUACACAUGAGGAGAAACAAAAGAUCCUGGCUAAAGAUAAAGAAUUGGCUGAACAGACACAGGGACGUAAUCCCUGGCCAGAACAAGAUCCAAAUUGGAAUUUACAUGAGGAGGACCAAAAAGCUACCUAUUUAGUUGCAAUUGAUAAUCUGAUUGAAGCAAUUCGAAAGUGUGAUGAAAAAGUGACUAAUUGGUCAAAAGUUACAGAGUGCCAACAGGCUCCUGUAGCAGAAGAAAGCCAACCUUUGUUUGCCUUCACUUGGGAAGGUCGCCAAUUGACUUGGACUCGGCUCCCUCAAGGCUUUACUGCUUCCCCUACCUUGUUUUCGCAAAUUCUCAAAUAUGAUCUCCAAGAUAUUGAAUUGCCAAACAAAUCUGCACUGAUUCAAUAUGUUGAUGAUUUGCUUGUUGCUAGCCGAACUCGGGAGGCCUGUGCAAUUGAUACAGAGCACCUUUGCAUUCGACUAUAUCAUAAGGGUCAUCGUGCUUCAUUAGCUAAGUUACAAUUCUGUGAACCAGAGGUAAAAUAUUUGGGCUUUGUUUUAGCAGGAGGAGUUCGAAAGAUUGAUCCUGACAGAAUCAACGCUAUUCUUCAAAUUACACCACCUGUUACUAAAAAACAAAUGAGAGCUUUCCUUGGCCAAGCUGGGUUCUGUCGACCAUGGAUUUUAGGGUUUAGCGAACUAGCUAGACCACUUAUUGAAACUACAAAGGACAAAGCUCCAGAGCCAAUUGUCUGGACGCCAGAAUUGUCCGAUGCCUUUGCAUCUUUGAAGCAAGCCUUAGUCACAGCCCCAGCUUUAGGCCUGCCAAAUUACUCUAAACCUUUCACUUUGUAUGCUACCGAGAAGGGUGGCAUUGCAAAGGGGGUCCUAGUACAACCUCAUGGACCCUAUGAAAGACCUGUGGGUUAUUAUUCAGUUGCUCUUGACCCAGUUAUCAAAGGGUCGCCACAUUGCCUUAGAUCAGUAGCAGCAGCUGUGGAAUUAGUGGAAAAAGUUCGCCCAGUUGUUCUGGGUCACAAAUUGAUUGUUGCCGUGCCUCAUGAAGUUGAACUUUUACUAACCCGAUAUGCUACCAAGUCUCUCUCACCGCAGCGCACACAUCGAUACGAAGCCAUCCUGUUACUGACCGAUAAUAUCUCUUUAAAACGGUCAAAACCCUUAAACCCAUCUACUCUUCUACCUGAGGUGCACCUUUCCAAUGACCCACACGACUGUGUGCAAUUUGUCACCACUUAUUCUAAAACCAGAGAAGAUUUGCAAGAUGUUCCUCUCGCCCACCCUGACCUUAACCUGUUCACAGACGGAUCAAGUUACUAUCUGCAUGGUAAGCGUUUUACUGGUUUUGCUGUUGCCACUGAAAAUCACGUACUUUUUGCUGAACCUCUCUCUCCAGCGCUUGGAGCACAAGCCGCAGAACUAAUUGCCUUGACUCGUGCUGCAACUUUUGCUAAAGGUCUCCGAGUUAAUAUCUAUACAGACUCUAAGUACGCUUUUGGCAUUUGUCAUUCUGUUGGCGCACUUUGGAAGGAACGCGUUUUUUUGACCUCCGCCGGUCGUACUAUUGCUCAUGGACAAUUAAUUCAUGAUUUGCUGCUCGCUAUCCAGGAACCACGAGAAAUUGCUGUUAUUUACAUUCCUGCUCAUACUAAACGCCUUGAUUCUUUCGCUCAUGGCAACGCCUUGGCCGACUGCGCGGCGAGAGCGGCAGCAGUCCACGAUGCAUCUCCUGCUACAACUGUGGUUGCUACCCUUCUUCCUUUUCCUGUUGGUCCUGCCCUUUAUGAUGAACUGGAUGAAGAAGAGCUCAACAAAUGGAAACGCUGGGAAGCAACGCAACAGGACGGCAUCUGGAAACUAGGUGAUAAACCCUUAUUGCCUAUGAGGUAUGUCCUUCCUCUAACUCGCUGGAUUCACGAUCGUACUCAUGGGGGGCCUGAAACUGUAGCUUCUAAAAUCCAACAGUUGUGGGCAGCGCCUGGAGUUUACAGUGCUGCAAAACGCCUGACUGACUCUUGUACUCUUUGCAAGAAAUAUGGGGUCACAAAGGUCACAACAGUCCCUGGCAAGCGGCCGCCUGCUUACUUUCCUUUCCAGAAACUGCAAAUUGAUUUCGCAGAACUCCCCCCUUCUAUGGGAUAUAAGUACAUUCUUGUUAUUGUUGAUCAACUUUCGCACUGGGUGGAAGCCUUUCCUACUCGCAAGAACGAUUCGAAAAUUGUGGUUAAGACCCUGCUUCGUGAUAUCAUUCCGAGGUAGGGUAUCCCUGAAAUUAUUGAUUCUGAUAGGGGACCGCACUUUACUGCUGCUGUUCUAAUGCAAGUUUAUGUUGCUCUUGAUAUACAGGCUGCCUUUCACACGCCCUACCAUCCACAAUCUUCUGGUCAGGUAGAGCGGAUGAAUCGCACUAUUAAAGAUCGUUUGGCAAAAGUCACUGCAGACACAGGUCUCAAAUGGCCUGAAGCAUUACCGCUUGUUUUAUGGGAUCUUCGUACAACUCCUCAUGCUACUACUAAACUCAGCCCUGCUGAAGUUUUGUUCGGGCGAGUUUUGGCAGUUCCAUUUACCUUUAUGUCUGCCAAAACUGCCCUCCUGGAAGGGGACGAGGCAGUAACGCAGUACUUGCUCUAUCUGCAAAACAGUUUUACUCGGAUCAGAAAUUAUAUGCACUGGUAUCAAGGAGUGACACCAGAAAUUCAAGAAUUGCGUAACCUAUCUCAGAUUGUUUUACAGAAUCGAAUGGCUUUAGACAUCCUGUUAGCUUUGCAAGGAGGUGUCUGUACCAUGCUAAACUCCAGUUGCUGUAUGUAUAUCGAUCAGAGUAAGCAAUUGAUAACUGAAGUGGAUAAAAUCUGGAAAGUUAGUCAUGUCAUGCAGCAAAUUCAACGAGAUGACACUAACUGGGGUGUCGCAGACCUGUGGCAAUGGAUGACUUCCUGGUUUCCUGAUCUCGGAACGUUAGUGAAGAAGAUUUUGAUGAUUGUCAUUGUCAUUGUAAUUGUCUUUGUGAUAAUUUUUGUUUUGAUUCAAUGUAUGUCAAUGUUUUGUAAUUGUUGCUGUAAUCUCUUGAAUCAACAGAAGCUUUAUUAUCGUUAUCAGUAAAUUGGGAAAUUUUAAAGAGAAAAUGGGGGACUGUUGUAGGAAAAUAGGAAAUUAGGAUUUUAGGCCUAUAUCAGUGUUAUAAGCUGUGCUGCUAAAGCUGAAAGUCUCAGCUUGUCCCCUGUACAGUCCUUACCCAGAAUCACGAGCGUGGUUACCUUAUGCUUGCUUUGUACGUGCAGACACAAGUUCCGCGGCCAGUAGGCCAGUGGACACUUUGCUUGCAUCAAGUUGCGUCCCCGUCUCUUCAUCGCGGCAUGUACCCUUAGUUAAGACAUUGAUAAAUACUAUUCUUAGGGUUGCUGAUUUCUAUGCUAGACUGGUGAACUAUGGAUAACAAAUGAGACAGGUGGAACUUCAAAAGAAGCUAGCCCUGCGACUGAUGACCUGUCGUUCUGUACUUGCCAAGAAAGAAGAAGUGGAACCUGCAGACCACUGGAACGGAAGGAACCUGAGGAUAUCGACAGUGAUAGAUAUCGACAGUGAUAGACAGUGAUAGAUUUUGUUUAGUUGCAUAAUACCUGUUAGAACCCUAUAUAAUGACUAGUUAUACUGCUGUAUGAUUGUCACUCUCUGAGGAGGUGACCCAACGCUGCUGUUCCUGUGAAUCUUCUACAAUAAAUACUGCUCAGAGUAA